GCCUCGUACUUCACCUCAUUGCCGGUCUGUUGGUCAUUAAAACCAUUACUUCGACCUUAUACGAAACUAUACGCAACGACUGUAGACGAAUAUGGCGUCGAAUAAGCCAAAUAAGCUGGCUUUUCUGUCGAUGCCGGCUCCGGCAUCAUAUGUGGCUGGUCUUGGUCGAGGUGCAUCAGGAUUUACGACGCGGUCUGAUAUUGGACCUGCGAGAGAGGGACCUUCGGCGGAGGUUAUUGCCGAGGCUCAAGCCCGCCGUGGCGAAGAAGCCGAAGUUGACCCCGAACAAUUUCAAGACCCUGAUAACGAGUAUGGUCUCUUCGCAGGGACGACAUACGAAGCAGAUGACGAAGAGGCAGACAAGAUCUAUGACCAAGUAGACCAGAAUAUGGACGCGAGACGGAGGGCCCGAAGAGAAGCCCGUGAGGAGGCGGAACUUGCGAAACAUCGCGCGGAGAGACCGAAACUUCAACAACAGUUUGCGGAUCUGAAGCGAGGAUUGGCGGUCGUCACGGAUGCGGAAUGGGAGAGUAUACCGGAGGUGGGUAAUCUGACGAGGAAGAAGCGGAGGAGGGAUGAGAGGACGUUCGUCGUCCCGGACAGCGUCAUUGUCGGGGAUAGGUCAAAGGGAGAGUACGAGAAUUCUUUGGAUCCUAUGCAGCAGGAGAGAGGAGGAUUUGAAACACCUGCGGAUUCUGGCACACUGACCAACUUUGUCGAAAUCGGUCAAGCACGAGACAAAAUCCUUUCCCUCAAACUCGACCAGAUCUCCGGCACCUCAACAUCCUCCGGCUCCGCCACCUCCGUCGACCCCAAAGGCUACCUGACCUCCCUCAAUUCCGUCGUCCUCAAAACCGACGCCGAAAUCGGCGACAUCAAGCGCGCGCGCAUGCUCUUCGACUCCCUCGUGAAAUCGAACCCGAAACAUUCGCCUGGUUGGAUCGCCGCGGCGGCGUUGGAGGAGCAUGCGGGGAGGAUGGUGGCGGCGAGGAAGUUGAUUAAGAUGGGAUGUGAGCAGUGUCCGAAGAGUGAGGAUGUUUGGUUGGAAGCUGCGAGAUUGCACAACAACGAUGAUGCCAAGGUUAUACUCGCUAACGCGGUUCAGCAUGUCGGACAAAGCGUGAAGAUCUGGCUCGCCGCCAAAGACCUCGAACACGACGAGAAAGCCAAACGGCGUGUUCUCCGUAAAGCCCUGGAACACAUCCCAAACUCAGUCCGCCUCUGGAAAGAAACCGUCAACCUCGAAUCGUCCGCCUCCGACGCCCGCAUCCUCCUCUCCCGCGCCGUCGAAGUCAUCCCCCAAUCCGUCGAACUCUGGCUCGCCCUCGCCCGACUCGAGACCCCCGAAAAGGCUCGUUCCGUGAUCAACACCGCGCGCAAAACCAUCCCCACCUCUCACGAGAUCUGGAUCGCCGCCGGUCGGUUACUCGAACAGGAGGCUUACAACCCCGCGAAGGAGAAGACGCCGGAGCAGCGGGAGAAGGAGUUGAAUGCGGUUGAUAAUACGAUGAAGCUUGGAGCGAAGGAGUUGAGGAAGCAUGGGGUGUUGUUGACGAGGGAUCAGUGGUUGAAGGAGGCGGAGAAGUGUGAGGCGGAGGGUAGUUUGAGGACUUGUGAGGCUAUUGUGAAAGCUACCGUCGCGAUGGAAGUCGAGGAAGAGGACCGAUUAUCCACGUGGCAAGGGGACGCGGAGUCGGCUGAGGCGAGGGGGAGAGUAGGCACAGCGAGGGCGAUAUUGGCAUAUGCUCUACGUGUGUUCCCGGAUAAGAGGGAUCUGUGGCAUCGGGCGGCAGAUUUGGAGAAGGCGCAUGGGACGAGGGAGAGUUUGGAUAGGAUAUUGGAGCAGGCGGUGUUGCAUUGUCCGCAGGCGGAGGUGUUGUGGUUAAUGUGGGCGAAGGAAAAAUGGUUGGGCGGGGAUGUGCCGAGCGCCAGAGGCGUGCUCGAGAAGGCGUUCGUUGCGAAUCCGGAGAGCGAGAAGAUUUGGUUGGCAGCGGUGAAGUUAGAAGCGGAGAAUGGAGAGUUGAAGGUCGCGAGGGAGUUGUUGAUCCGUGCCAGGACAGUCGCGGACACCGAGAGGAUAUGGAUGAAGUCCGCCGUCUUCGAACGCCAACAAGGCGAACUCGACACCGCCCUCGCCACCCUCGCCACCGCGCUCACCAAAUACCCCAAAUACGCCAAACUCUACAUGAUCCAAGGACAAAUCCACCAAUCCCGCUCCAACAUCCCCGCCGCCCGCGCCUCCUUCGCCGCAGGGCUCAAAGCCGUACCAAAAUCUACCACCCUCUGGAUCCUCGCCUCGAGACUCGAAGAAGCCGACAACAAAUCGAUCCGUGCGCGCGCGAUACUUGAUAAAGCGCGCCUCGUGAACCCGAAAUCCGAUCUGCUAUGGGCCGAAGCCGUCGGGGUCGAGGAACGCGCUGGUGGAGCGCAACAGGCGAAGACGAUGCUGGCGAGGGGGUUGCAGGAGUGUCCGAGCUCGGGGAUGUUAUGGAGUAUGGCGAUCUGGGCUGAGCCGAGGCCGGGGAGGAAGAGUAAGAGUGUGGAUGCGAUGAAGAGGUGUGAACAGGACAAGGUCGUGUUCUGUAGCGUCGCGAGGCUGUUUUGGAUGGAGAGGAAGAUUGAGAAGGCGAGGAUGUGGUUCGAGAGGAGCGUUGGGGCGGACAGGGAUUACGGGGAUGCGUGGGGGUGGUGGUUGAAGUUUGAGAGGCAGCAUGGGACGCAGGAAUAUCGAGAUGAGGUUGUGGCAAGGUGUGUGGCGGCGGAGCCACAUCAUGGACCGACAUGGCAGGUCAUCGCGAAGGACGACAAGAAUGUUGGGAAGAGCACUAAGGAGAUCCUAGAGCUUGUCGCUGCCGCGCUCCAGUAGCACGGCCAGGGAACCACUAUUUAGAGUGCUCUAAAGGUGAUUCUAAAGUAACUUCUAUAUAUUAUGUAUGGGCUCCGCUUUGGAAAGUACUAAAGAGAAACUUUGGAGACCUCCAAAGGCGACUCUAUGCAUUUUCUUUAGAAAUGCCGUACAAACGCUAAAGAUAGACUUUGGAGGACGCUAAAGGCUGUCGAGCACCUCGGGCUUGCCUUAUGUGGCAACCCCGAAUCUCUUUAGCACCCUCUAAAGGUAAUUCAGAGAAUAAUCAAUGGAACUCACUAUAGAGCUCGCUAAAGCUUUGCUUUAGAGAGCGCUAAAUUGGCAUCCAUAUAUAAUAUUUUGACCAAUGUUUAGAUUCCACUUUAGCUGGCU